UUCCACAAAGGAUGAACUUCGACCCUCAGAAGAAGAGGUUGGAACGUUUACCAAGAUAAUCGAAGCAAUGGGCUUCACUGGACCACUGAAAUAUAACAAAUGGAAAAUUAAAAUAGCUGCUUUGCGCAUGUAUACCUGUUGUGUGGAACGAAUAGAUUAUGAUGAGUUUUUUGAAAAAUGCAAUCUGCCUGAUACAUUGAAUUCCUGGUUCCUUGUGACGCAGCUACACGUAUGGAUGUGCUUGGUUCGAAUAAAGCAGGAAGGACGAGCUGGAAAGUACAUGUGCAGAUUUAUUGUCUACUCCAUGUGGGAAGAUGUUGAACAGCGUGGGAAAGUCAUGGGGGUUGAUCCUGUGGCAAUGAAGAACACAAUGAGAGCUUUAACGGAAAUAUUUUAUGCGUCCAUAUUUGGAUAUGACGAGGGGAUUAUAUCUGAUGAUCGUAUUCUAGCCGCUGCCCUUUGGCGUAAUCUUUUCAACAUGAGGUGUGAUGAUCCCCGGCAAAUGGAACUAAUGGUUGAAUAUGUGCGCAAACAGAUGCAAUAUCUGGAUUCACUAAACGGGGAAGACCUUCUCUUAACUGGGGAAGUAGCUUGGCGCCCCCUUGUGGAGAGUGAUCCUCAAAGCAUUCUAAAGCCAUCUCCCCCAACAUACAAUGAUGAAGGACUUUAAAAGUGCUCAGUGGCAAUGUGUAGCUAUCCCUUGACGAUAGCACAUGGAGUGCCAUCCCUGAAGACCUUUGAAAGAGUAUGCUUUUGUGGAAAUCGUUAAAAACACAGAACCAGUUUUUUAUAUGUUCGGUGGAUUGGUUUACAUAAAUUUCAGGGUAUAGGAAAAAUAUUAUGGACUUGUUCAGUGAGUCUUCUCUUCCAGGGGAGAGAGUGUGCAGUAUACUAUGCAAUCUCCAUCAUGGCCCUAUAGUAUUAAAUAUUCUGACAAACUUUUGCACACCCUUUGAUCGUUAUUACUCUUCAUCCAGAUCUGACAUAGACGCAUAACAGGAGAACUUGAUAAUAUUCACUUAGCCUAUUUUGGGGAGACCUUGAAAUGCUGACCAUUUUUAUUCUGUAGAACUAGAAUAUUAGUCUAUUCUUUGAAUAAAUUUUAAUGUUCGGCAGUCUCGUCACUCAUUUUUGUUGUUUUUUUUUCUUUUACAUUGAGGAUGAGGUCUGAGGAUAUACGGUAUUUGUUUUCCUCUGAAGCACUUGACAUCUCCAAGUCAUUUUGCAGAGGUCCUGAUGCUAGGACCCUCACCAUUGUCACAUACUAUUUAUAGCUGUAUUAUUGUCUAGGGGACAAUAGGUGUCCUCAAGAACCAAGACCCAGUACAAAUUCAGCCUCUGCCCCCUCUGUAGUUAUGCUAUGGUCUUUGGAGAUGAGCUGAGAAGUGUCUAUUGGGGCCUCCCCAGGUCAGAGGAGGCUACAGAAAAUGUAAUCUACCAAGCUAGUUGAGGGAUUACUAUGAAGCGAAGGAUUGGGUGUUUCUGGCAAGGUGGAACUAGCUGGAUGGUGUCUAGCUUUUUCUGUAGCACCAAACAUGUUUCAUAGCUGUCAUACCCACCAUGCUAUUGUUGUUAGAUUCUAAUAGAUUUUGAUAGAAAUAAAUUAUCUGUACUUGGAGACCCUGAUGCCAUUGUUUGCAUCUAGAAAAGGGUCCCAUGUCUGCUCUGUUAGUGUCUGUGUAAAGUGUCUGGGUGAAGAGGACAUCAGACUUGCUAUAUACUGUAGAACAGUGGUCUCCAACCUGCAUGAUGGGUGUGCAUGAAUUAGAAUUUGCUAAUGAAUAUUUUCACUUUACAUGAAAACUGUGAACAAAUAUAUUAAAUAUAUGCACUGGUCUAAAAAUAAUCCUAAUUUUUGGAAGCCAUGAUCUCAGACAUAAAAGGGAAAUCCAGAAGAUACUUUAAAAGAGGGUGCAUUUAAGGGGUUAUCAGGGGUUUUGAUAGUGACGGCCUAUCCUCAGGAUAGAUUAUCUCAGUAUCAGAUUGGUGAGGGAUCCGACUCUUGGAACCUCGGCUGAUCAGCUGUUUAAAGAGACCACAGUGGUCCGUGAUCGCUUAGGUCUCUUACUAGGCCAUGUGAUAUCACGUUCAUCGGUCACAUUGCCUAGCCAAAGCUCAUUCUCAUUUAAGUUAAUGGGAGUGAGCUGCAAUACCAAGUAUUGCUGUGCUUGGUAAGCUGUUAGGAGUUCCGCAGCCUUCCCAAACAUUUGAUCGGUGGGGGUGCCAGAAGUCAGACCCCUGCUGAUCUUAUAUUAAUGAGCUAUCCUGAAGAUAGGCAAUCAAUUUGAAAAUCCCAGAGAACCCCUUUAAGUGACCCUUGAAGAAAUGAUUGGAAGUUUAAAAGGUGAAAAAUGUUAAGGUGCCCACCUUUAAUAGUUGUCAGCCGAGCCAUUGUUCGUCCAACUGCUAUCUCUCUAGACUCCCUCUUACAUGUGUGUCCUCGACUUGGCCAAGUCCAAGUGUGUUUCCAAUGUGGAGAGUGGAGAAGGUGGGUGUCUGGCAGCAGUUUAUUUCCUAGGAGAACAAAAGGAUUGGACAAGCGAUUCGGGAGCUCCUCAUACACAUUAGAUUGUCAGCUGGUCCUGCUGGCUAACAAAAAAAUUAAUGUACAUGGUGAUGGCCUUUAUGUUACAGAUAUGCUAUAUGCAUCUUAUAGUGCCAGAUGACCUCAUUUGCUACAGAUACAGGUGAGAAGAGCACAUUGGUGAAAUCCGUAAUCUCAGAUCAGCUCUAAUUUCCAUAAUGAAGGGAAUGCUUGACUGCCACUGCCAUUCCUGUGAUUGUUGGGGGUCCCAGCGUUUAGACCCACACCGAUCUAACCAUUAUGCCUUAGCCAGCGGAUAAGGGAUAACCUUAGGGUAACCAGAAUACCCCUUUCAUGGAAAUGCUAGCUGCCUUUUUAUAGUGGUCUGUUUUGCACACUGUACAAUACACAUCAUAAGCUGACAAUUAUCCUGCUUUACAUGGUCACAUAACGAUAUAAACAGAAAGCACUGAAACAUCUAAUUACUUUAAUUAUAAACUUUUUUUUUUUAUCCACAAGCAUAAUAAUUGUUGUGCAGUAUAGAGUAUCUGUAGAGGGAAUGGCCGCAUGGGGAUCUAAUAUGGGUUCAAACGGUUUGAGACUUGGCAGACUGAAUCUAAAUUGGCUAAGAGUCUGAUGUUUAUGGCCAGCUUACCUCAGGGAUUUUAGAUCUGCAAAUACAAGGGGGGUAAGGGGCACAGGGCAGUUGGUUCCUUAAAUUAUCUCCAUAAUAAUGCGUAUUAUCCUUUAAAUGAAAUGCUUUAUUAAUUAUCCCAGGCAGACCAAUUAUUCACUUCCACUGGUUGGCAAGUGAAGUUUUGACCAAUAAAACAUUUCAGAGCUUUGAUCUUGAAGACAUGGUUUUGGGAGAGGAAUCCUGGAUGCAGUAGGUACAUAGAUCUGGAUGGAUGGUUGUAUUCUUCUUUUGCAGCAUAUAUGUAAACACAAACCCUUCUACCAGACUUCACAUUGAUGACAUUAUUAAGCCAUUAUACUGAAGCUAGUACUUUUUAAAUUUCUAUUCUAAUUUUUAUAUUUUUAGAGGUCACCUAACGAGAUGUCAUUGUUCAUCCCAUCUACGAGGUCAUUUUUAAGCAGUUUGACAACCAUGUAUUGUUUUAAUCACAGAUUUGCUGAAUUUUACAUGUUGAAUGGGAACCUAGAAGAGAGCUGUGCAGCUUUCUAUGACCAGCUGCAUGCCCUGUCCUUGGCAUUUUGGUGCUCUUAAAAGGGGUUGGCCAAUUUAGACUGAAAUUUCAAAAAGUCCCAUGAACAGUCAUGUAUGCUAAGUGCAAGCAUGUGUGACUUUGUACUGUACCCCAGCUGUGAUAGUGAAGGUUCCUGGCUACUCCAGGAUCUGUGUUGUAUACCCUACGGGGCAGCAAGAUGGCAGCAGUCACAUGAAUUGUUCACAUGACCACUUCCUUGGACUGUUCCUGGUUUUCAGUAAUUCGGCACAGGUGCUUGGAUAGCAAAUAGGCGCAUGUGCAGAUACAGGGGAUUCUGCUGCCUGCAUCUGGACAUGUCCACUUGCUGUUCAGUGCCUGCACCAAAGUUCUG